ACUGCUGGGGGGAGCACAGCUGUGCCGGGCUGCUUUGGUGGCGGCCCUUUGUCCUGGAGAGGGGAGGGCUGCUGAUCUGUGGCUCUGCCAGAUCACAGAAGGAGAUCGUGGCUGAUGUGGUGCUGCUGAGCGUAGGGCUGCCGUCCUUCUUCCAUGCGUCCUCAUCACAGCGCGGUGCAGAGCAGCUUUGCCAUUGCUCCUCUGCCCCAGGGGCCGCGGUGUGCUGCGGGGCUCUGCUGCAGCCCCAGGCCUCGUGCUGGAAGGGAUGAGAGCAGCUCUGAUUGCUGGUGCAGGAGCAGGGAGCGUGCGUUUCCAGCGAAGGUGCUUGAUUGGUGAGCAGUGGGCACAAACCUCUUUUAGUGACUGCGGAUUGAAAACGAGAACAAACAACCCGAGUCCCCAGGAGUUCUCAAAUAGGACUGUAUUUCUUCGUGGCAAAAGGGAAUUUUCCUUCCUUUUCUUCUCCUGAAGUGGUUCAUUUCUGCGCUGCCGUUGGCUGUGACCGCUCCAUGAAAGAAGUGAAGUCAAGUCAUCAAGGCACAAACCAGCACCCCUCACUGUGAGCGGCACACGAGGUUGAGCCAUAAAGGCAACAGGCUGAUGGACGACCCGAAGGUGUAUGAGCCCAGCGCUGCAGAAGGCAAGCGUGACCAUUUCCAUAGGGGUCCUGCAUGGGCUGCUGGGGGGUGCGUUGGUCCUAAUGCCCUGGGAUGGGAGUGGAUCCCCUCUGGGAAGCAGAGCGUUGAGGCUGUGGGACCAGACUUGCCCCAGACUCCUCUUUUGGCUGCUGAGCUUGUAUACCUGCUCCAGCCAAAGCGUUCCCUGGGAUGCAGGGAGCAGCUGUGUCGUGAGGUCCUCAAACUCCUUUCUUGUUCUGGAUGUUAAUAAUAGUGCUGUGGUGAGGAUGGCUGGUAAGGGUGUGCACCACGUGGUGUCUCCUUCCUUUUGUAGGUCGUUUUAAGGUAAAUGAAAGGACUGCUCUGCUGAUACGACUUUCCAAUCCCUAAUUUGUCUGAGGGAUGCUUGCGCUGGCUAAUGAGCUGGAAGCCUUUCCCAAUGCUUAAGGGCAUUGGCUGCAUCAUAAAUAACAUUUCCCUGGCACCUUCCUGCAUGCCAGACACACUGAUUAGCUCUCUAACCACUUCCUUGGCUGCAGUCUCCAAUUCACAACCAGGAAAGCUUCCACCUGACAGUCGUUGUGGAUUUUUCUGCAUGACUUUGAGGAAGGCGAUUUCUGACCAGAUGCUUUCUGCUCCUUCAGCGCCGCAGCAACCAUAGGAGCAAAGGAGAGCGGUUCCCUUGGUUGCGUGCAUUCAUACAAAUGCAGCGGUGCAGGCCUGGCUCAGUGGCUGCAGAUUGCUUUUUCAGCAGGUGUGGCUUCGUCGUGGGGUGAAUCCACGGCAGGCAGCUCAGUGAUACACACACUGAGGGUUGGAGGCUGAAAGCAAAGGAGCUUUGAGCAGAAAGACAUGCAAAUGGUGUUGUCAUAUGCAGGAAAAGCCCCGAAAGGCCUCUUUUUAGUGUUUUUUUUUUUCCCCCUUUAUGAUCUGUCAUGGAGGAAGGCUUUAUGCUGAGCUCCCCUUGCUCUGGUGUUGUGCAUUUCCCUGUCCUGCCUGUUUGCUUUGCUGUAGGUGGCUGCUGCUCCUGCCUGCUGCGCCUGGCGUCUCAUCUCUCGCCGUUCCGGGUUUCAGGCUAAUGAGAAUACGUCCCUGUAAUAAUAAAUGAAUGUCAGCAUGCAAUCCCUGGACAGAAAGUUGCAGAGGCCUCUCCUGGGGAAGUCCCGGACGCUGCCCAGCAUCCCGCAGUCCCCAGUGCUGAGCAGGAUUCCCCUCCUCGACUCUGCAGCGUUCCGGGAGGCGAUGCCGGAGCAGAAGCCCUACCAGAAGCACUCAGCCCCCGAUGGCCAGAAGGGCUGCACGGUCCCAUCUGCUGGGGACGCCUGGCGGCUGGAGGACGAUGGCAUGGACCCCCCCGGCGAUGCCCCGCUGCAGCCGCAGCUCCGCACGGCGGUGGAGGACGCCCCGUUCAGCCACUUUCGGAUGCGUUCCUUCUACAUGCGGAAGAGCCUCUCUGUUGACAACCACUUGGGCUCGCUGGGCUACGCCGUGCAUCCCGCUGAGACCAAGGCUGAGCGCGUCCGGACCCGGCUGCGGCGGCAGUUUAGCCUGGGGUCAGCAGACAAGAAGGACUUCUACCAGUCCAAGUCGGAAAGCAGCCUCGCUAGGUUUGCCCACCGCUUGUCGGUGAAGCAGAAGCAGGAGAAGAGAAGGAAAGCUGAGUAUGGCUCGGCCGAGCUGUCUGCCUUCCGGCCCAGGUCUCUGAGCAUUGAAUGGUCAUCGUCCCCUAAAAUGACGCAGCAGAUGCGGGACCUGCAGCUGGCACAGGCCAGGAAGCCGCCGGGCCCAUCCUCCCCAAAUGCGGCCAAAAGGCUGUACCGAAACCUCUCGGGGAAGUUCCGUGUCAACUACACAUCCUUCGAUGAGGGCAGCCUGGCGGGACGGGGCGAGAAGGAGAAGCCCCGCAAGUCCUACCUGUUUCAGAGCAAUGCUGCUCUCUUUGAGGCUGUGGAGCUUCAGGACCUGGACAGGGUGCAGGAGCUGCUGAAGCAGUACAGCCCUGAGGAGCUGGAUCUCAACACCCCCAACAGCGAGGGGCUGCUGCCCCUGGACAUCGCCAUCAUGACCAACAACGCGCCCAUCGCCAGGGCUCUGCUGCAGGCGGGAGCGAAGGAGAGCCCGCACUUCGUCAGCCUGGAGAGCCGCUCACUGCACCUCUCCACACUGGUGCGGGAAGCGGAGCAGCGCGUCAAUGAGCUGACAGCUCAGGUGGUGAACGAGGCCCCCAACGCCGACUGCUCGGAGAAGGAGAAGCAGCUGAAGGCCUGGGAGUGGCGGUUCCGGCUGUACAAGCGCAUGAAGGCAGGGUUUGAGCACGCCCGAGUGCCAGACCCUCCUGCUAAUGUCCACCUUUCGGUGGCCAGCAGCUCCUCGGUGCAGGUGACCUUCUGUGAGCCCCUCAGUGUCAACUCGGCCGUCGUCACCAAGUACAAGGUGGAGUGGAGCUGCUCCCCCUCCUUCUCACCGCUGGCUGGGGAGGCUGUGGUGGACAAGCUGAAGAGCCUGCACUACACUAUCCGUGGGCUGACCUCGGGCACAGCUUACUAUGUCCAGGUGUCUGCCUACAACAUGAAGGGCUGGGGACCCGCACAAGCCUCAGUGCCCCCAUUUGCCAUCCCUUCCAACUGGCGGGAGUAUGAUGGCCGGGCUCCACGACGGAGAGGCCAGGCUGAAGCUCUGGACCAUCUGCUGGGCCAGGUGAAGACCGUCCACCAGCACUGCAUUUGUCACGAGCCCUGCAAGAACCAGCCCCAGAGCAGAAAGCACUCGGUCUCCAGGAGCCUCAAGCACCUCUUCCACCCCGGCAGCAAGUUCCUCAAGACACUGAAGCGGGGCCUCUACCUAACAGCCAUCUUCUACAAGGACGACAACAUCCUGGUGACCCACGAAGACCAGAUACCGGUGGUGGAGAUCGAUGACACCUACUCCUGCCUGCUCAUGCAGGACUUUCUGUGGUUCACCAAGGUGUCGUGCAUGUGGGACGAGAUCCUGUGGCUGCGGCAGUGCGUCACCGUCUCCCAGUCAUCCUGCUCCUGCAUCCUACAGACGCGCUUCAAGAUGCUGCUGGCCAUCUCGCAAAUGCAGGGGCUGCUGGGCAUCCAGGACCUGGGGCAAGUCUUCUUUGAGCCCAUCAAAGACAAGCAGGGCAACAUCCUCAUUGUCACCCUGAAGGAGGUGAAGACCAACCAGACCUUUGAGAGCGUGCGCUGGGUGCCCAUCUGCAAGCUGCAGACGAGCCGCAAGUCUGUGUCCUCCCCAGAGGAGCCCACUGCCCUGGACUCACUGCUCAUCUCCGUGCAGGACAAGCUGGCUUACCACCAGCGGAGCAGCCAUGCCCUCCCUCCGGGCCUCUACUUGGGCUACCUGAAGCUCUGCAGUGCUGUGGACCAGAUCCGGGUGCUUGUGCCUGAGCAGCUCCCCAACAUCCUGUGCCAUGUGAAGAUCCGCUCCAACCCCAACAUCUCCAGGGAGGAGUGGGAAUGGCUGCAGAAGAUGGCCGGCAUGGAAGAACCCGUUUCUGUGGAGUCUGAGAAUGAGACAUCACCAAACCACUUGUUUCAGGAGCUCCAGGUGGCCAUCAAGGAGCUGAUGGCUCUGGUCAACAUCCCAUUGCAAGAGGCGAAAGAUUUCCGUCUGUACAGCCAAGAGGUGCUAGACUUUGGGGGUCAGGUCUCCUUCUUGCUGCUGCUGCCUCCCUCAGAUGACGUCUGCACAGCGCCAGGCCAGAACAACCCCUAUACUCCACAGUCUGGCUUCCUCACACUGCCACUGCAGAUAUUCGAGCUGGUGCACUUCUUCACGUAUGACCGGGAGUUCAUCACGCAGUACUGCCAGGUGUCUGCCCUCCUGGAGCUGGAGUCCCUCCUCUCGCAGCAGAGCCUCAGGGAAGCCUUCUCCGACAGCGAGCUUUCCACUGCCAAGCAGCGGCACCAGCAGGUUCAGGAGUACAUCCAGCAAAUGGAGGAGAUCUGGCGCGAGAUGCGCUGGAUGAUGGAUGCCCUGCAGCAUGCCCGCUACAAGCAGCCCUCCUGCGGCCUGUCCCUCAAUGGCUUCCUCAGCACCUCCAGCGGAGCCAUGAAGGAGAAAACCCACUCCUCCUCAUCCCACCUCGACUUCCUUCCCUCCCCAGCACCCUCACCAGACAGCAGCCGUAAGCUCAGCUCCGACCUGCACGGGCUCUCGGAUGAGGAGGGCUCCUCCGAGGUGUUCCUGGCCACUGACAGCGACUACGACUCCAGCAGGGCGCAGAGCCCCAAGGAGCUGGACCUGGUGUCCUUGGGGCCCGAGUGCUGCGGGCGGCGGGCGGCGCGCAGCCUGCGGGACAGUGCCCCUGACGUCCUGCAGAGCCACGAGCUGCAGCCCGCACCGCUGGCCCCACCGGAGCCCCGGCCGCCCCCAGAGCUCUACGACAGCGACUUCGUGCUGCCCAGCCGUCAGAUCGAGCUGCUGCGCGUCACGGAGAAGCGGCAGGCCUACUGCGUGCGGACCAACAGCCUGGACUUCCCCAAGCCGCUCUGCCCGGUGACCAGGAAAUCAUGUCCCGGUUCCGUCGAUAGCUCCCCGACGGAGAGCAGGACCGGCGGGCACGGCAGUCAGGGCAGGCCAGGGACUGGCUCCACGCACAGCCCCGAGCACGGCCGCACACGCUCGGCCGAGUGGACUCCGAGCUUCCAGGAACCUCCAGAGCAACCCGCUGGGAAGAAGCCGGGCUCUGUCACCUUGCGGGUCUGCCCUCAGUACGAAACCGGACUCUCCAAAGAGACCAGUGUCAAGCUACACGUCACCAGCCAGACGUCGGCCAGCGAGGUGGUGAAGCUGGUGGUGCUGCAGAUGAACGACGUCUCCCACGGUGCGCUGGGUGGCUUGGCCGCCUUCUGCUACAGCGAGGAGCAGCUGGAGCACUUCGGACUGGUGUUUGCCUCCGAGGAGGGCGAGCGGUGGCUGCCCGAUGAAGCGCGGCCGCUGGCCCUGCAGGCUGCCCGGCCCGAGGGACGCUUCUACGUCCGCAUUAAGGAGACGUCGCCGCUGGUGCUGCAGUUCGGGCCGGCGACCACCGUAUGAGCACAGCCCACAGCAGACGGCGCGUCUCUGAUGCUUCCUUCUUCCACGGACACCCUCCACCAGGCGUCCGCGGGGUGGAAUGGGAUCAUACUGGGCUGUGUGUUUCUUGUUGGUGUUCCUUUUUUCCCUUCUUUUUUUUUUUUUUAACCAAAGAGACAUCGAGACUCGGUUGUUCUGACUGCAGAAGGCGAGGGUGGAGUGCGAAGACCUCAGAGCUUGGGAGGAAUCUUUGCAGGAAUGGAAUAUUUGAAAGCAAACAUUUUUAAGGGGAAGGCUGGGAGGGGGAUGGAAAAAGAGAGGACAAAAUAUUAUGAGAAGAAGCAGCAAUACUCUUUUUUAAAUUAUUUUUCCUCUUCUUUUUCUUCUUUUUUUUUUUUUUUUUCUGGACAUCCUUGUCCAGGGUUGGCAGAAGGAAGACCUGCAGGACGCUGCUGGUGGAGGCUGUGGUGUUGGUGCACGGGAACGGCACUGGGAUGGGAGUUUAUCUCCUACCCAUCCUCAUUGCACUGCACCCGGAGAACAGCUCUUGCACACCCUUCUCAGAACAAAAUGCUUUCGCUUCUUCUUUUCUUUCUUUUUUUAUUUUUUUUCCUGAAAGAAACAAACAAAAAAAACAACCUGUGCUAGAGACACUGGAGUUGUGUAGGAGGUGUGGACACUUUUAUUGUUGUAGAGGCCGAAGGAAGGCACGCCGACAGCCCCACACACAUGUAUGGAGCUGUGCCCACACCACCACGGGUUUGCUAUGGGGCACGGCUGCAGCGCGCCCAGCACCGCCGCGGGACUGCCUUUCCUCCUCGGUUGCCGUUCUGUCCUGGUGAUUGUGAGUGGCCUCUUGUAUGUCCUACAGCAUGACACUUAGCACCUAGGUCUCUUGUUCCCAAGGUUAUUUUUCUGAUCUCCUGUGGUCCAUAGUAAAGGUGACUGCUGCUGA